ACUUUUCCCCCGGGUUUCGUCCAUCUCUAUCUCCCCACCUAUGCCCGGUCUCCUCCGCUGACCAUUGCCCCCCUCCCUUCUUCCUCACGAAUCUCACCCGUCCUCUCCAAAAUUCGCGAUUCUCCUCGAUCGAUUCCGGCAGCUCCCCGCCGAUCGCGAAUCCUCCGCCGCCGCCGCCCCCGCCCCCGCCCCGCCGCUGCCUGGAGUUCCUUCUGUCUGCAAUCCGCGGUAAGCUUGGAUCGAUUUCCGGGGAAUCGGAUCGGAUUGAAAGGAGGCGUAAGCGCGAGCGAGGUAGAGAAUGUACGUGAAGGCUGUGCCUCCGACGGAUCUGAACCGGAACACGGAGUGGUUCACGUACCCCGGGGUGUGGACGACGUACAUCCUCAUCCUGUUCAUCUCGUGGCUGAUCGUCCUCUCCCUCUUCAACUGCUCCCCCGGGAUGGCCUGGACCAUCGUCAAUCUCUCCCACUUCCUCGUAACUUAUCAUUUCUUUCAUUGGAAGAAGGGCACGCCAUUUUCUGAUGACCAGGGAAUUUACAAUGCUUUGACUUGGUGGGAACAGAUAGACAGCGGCAAGCAACUCACUCGAAAUAGGAAGUUUUUGACUGUCGUUCCUGUGGUGCUGUAUCUCAUAGCCUCACACACAACAGACUAUAAGAACCCGAUGCUCUUCCUCAACACAUUGGCAGUAUUUGUAUUGGUGGUAGCAAAGUUUCCCAAUAUGCACAAGGUACGCAUAUUUGGAAUAAAUGCUGAUCACUAACUGGAGGCUUCCAAGGUGGAUUAUUUUGGGAUGUAUGAGCCAAUGGUGACGUUUCUGUGCUGUGUCAGAGCUGAGAACUGGAAGAUGUAUUUUUUUCCCUUUGCUUUUAAGGAUUUAAUGUACGAUGCUCCUAGUUACACAUCAAACAGAAAAAGUAUAUUCUUAUUAGCCCGGGUCCCUAGGAUGAAUGUCUUCUUUCUGUUAAACACAGAUAUCGGGUGAAGCUUACUGCUUUGCUAUUUUGCUCCCCUAUCUUGGGGAUAUUUUUAUCUUCAUAUAGCUUAAUGAUGAUUUUUGCUUUAUGAUUUACUUGUCAA